AUGAGCAAAUAUGAAUUCAAGAAAUGCAACAGCAUCCUGGAACCGCAGCUCAAAGCAAUAGCGAAGGCAUCCACUGCGCAGACCACAACAACAGCAAAUGAUCGGAUAAAAGUGGAGGCGAGGAUCCGAGUGGAAACACCGCCUGCAGCACCUCCCGCGGAUGAAUUUGACGAUGACGAGCUGCUGCGAUUGGCCGACAUUGCCGCGGAUCUGGAGGACUCAGCUCCGUCCACAUCGAAAAUUUGCAGGCAACCGUCAAGAUGUGUGCGCCAGGAAGCCGCGGCAUCCGUUCCGUAUCGUCCUCGAGAAAGCUGCAAGAUUGUUUCAAGCGAUGAGCAGGAAAUCGAUUUUCCCGAUUCUCCCAACGAUCUUUUCGAUACCGAUGAACAACCCGAUGAGAUAGUUGACGAUGGCAAGUUAUUGGAUUGUGGCAAAAAUAUCGGCCAUCAAGACGAGAGCUCGAUCGAAGUGAUAACCCUUUCUCCGGAUUUUCCACCUUCUGCUUCGCGUAAAAAGCCAAAUGUUGUGCCGCUCUACGACAAUGACAUCUACGAUAAUGGCAUGGAUAACGGCGAAUUGCAAGAGGAAUGGCCUUCGACUUCCCAUGUAGCAGAUAAUAAGAACAGAGCCGAAGAUGUGCGACUUUUGUCAUACGGCUGCGAGAAGCGAAGACAUGAUAUGCAUGGGCAGUUUCGCGCAUUUUUGCAAGACGAUGGAGAGCAGUUCGAAGACGAAGCAAAGCUGCUGGGACAAAAGAGGCGCGACGAGUUGUAUCGUAUCCUGAAAUCUAAAUUUGGCUUCAAUAAUUUCCGACAUCGACAGAAACAGGCUAUUGUUGCAGCUCUGCUUGGCCACGAUUGUGCCGGCAAGAGCUUAUGUUAUCAGCUUCCGGCUGUUUUAUCGAACGGAAUCACAGUUGUCAUAUCGCCUUUAAAAUCCCUUAUUGAAGACCAAAAAAUGAAAAUGAAAGAACUCGAG